GCUGAAUGCUGGGAUUCUGCGGGAACGGGGAGAUUGCACAACGCCAUCUUUAAACCCCACAAGAGGCCAGCUACAGUUGUUCACCGGGAUGAAAAACACUAUCCCUUCAGCGGGAUAUAAGUUCAGAUCGUGGCGGUGGCAUGAUUUUUUCCUCGUUAAGUAACCAAUAAGGAACUGUCCGAUGGGACUGAAAGAAGACCGUCACGGGACACCAAGAGAGCCUUAAACUGUUGUUAUCAUAGGCAGACAACAACAAUAGACGGAAAGACAACAACAACGGACUAGCUCGCUAACUCGCUAGCUAGCAUCUUGCCAAGCACUGCGCUGUUUUCAAUUGCUAACUGAAAGCUAGCUAACGUUAGUUACUUCAUCGGCGAAUCUGUCCGGUUACGCUGAUAAUUUGACCGGACUCUGCAGAUAGCUGGCACUGGGCAUCCAACUGCAUCUACCAGGCAGUCAUCUCUUGGCCACUUUUUAAAUCAAUUUUGUAGUGAAAAUUGCGUCGUGGCUUUAGCUAGGUAAAAGCUAAGUCCCGACUAUUCCCCCUCCCCAGCGGCCCAGCCGGAGAUGCGUGGAAGAUGUCGGUGUCGGGGCUGAAGGCCGAACUGAAGUUUUUGGAGUCCAUUUUUGAUCCAAACCACGAACGCUUCAGGAUCAUUGACUGGAAGCCUGACGAGCUGAGCUGUCAGUUUAAUGUAACUGGGGAAAAGCUGUUAAUUAUCCACUGUAACAUAACGGAAUCUUAUCCAUCUACGCCACCAAUAUGGUUUGUGGACUCUGACGACCCGAGCCUGGCGCAAGUUUUGGAGAGGUUGGAAGAUGUGAGAAAAGGCAGCACCUUGCUUUUGCAGCAGUUGAAGAAACUCAUCUGUGACCUUUGUCGACUGUAUAACCUACCCCAACAUCCAGAUGUGGAGAUGCUGGAUCAGCCCCUGCCGGCGGGCCCUGUGGGACAAGACCGAAAGCAUGGGACAGAGGAGGUCACGUCUGAAGAAGAAGAGGAGGAAGAAAUGGGAGAGGACAUAGAGGAUCUGGACCACUAUGAAAUGAAAGAGGAGGAGCCCGUGGAUGGGAAGAAAUCCGAGGAUGAUGGCAUUGAGAAGGAGAAUCUGGCCAUCCUGGAGAAGAUCCGAAAGAACCAGAGACAAGACCACUUGAAUGGAGCUGUGUCUGGUUCAGUGCAAGCCUCUGACCGCCUGAUGAAGGAGCUCAGAGAGAUCUACAGGUCUCAGAGUUACAAGACAGGCAUCUACUCUGUUGAGCUUGUUAACGACAGCCUGUAUGAAUGGCACGUCAAACUAAGGACGGUUGAUCCAGAUAGCCCCUUACACAGUGAUUUACAAGUCCUAAAGGAAAAGGAAGGAAUGGAUUACAUUUUACUAAACUUCUCAUAUAAAGAUAAUUUCCCCUUUGAUCCACCAUUUGUCCGGGUGGUUUCUCCAGUGCUGUCUGGAGGUUAUGUUCUUGGAGGAGGUGCCCUGUGCAUGGAACUUCUCACCAAACAGGGUUGGAGCAGUGCCUAUUCCAUUGAGUCUGUCAUCAUGCAGAUCAAUGCCACUUUAGUCAAAGGAAAAGCCAGAGUGCAGUUUGGAGCCAAUAAAAACCAGUACAAUCUUGCCAGAGCACAGCAGUCCUACAAGUCCCUGGUUCAGAUCCAUGAAAAGAACGGCUGGUACACACCCCCUAAAGAGGAUGGCUAAAACAGACUUUUGCCUUUCCUGCACUGGGACCACAUGUCUUCAAAUGUUUUAUUCCCCUUGCGACCAACAUUUUUUUAAAUCCUGCAAACCAUUUUGUUCUCUAUGUCAGAGUUUGAACUACAAACCAAAUUCCUCAUUCAGUGACCAAUCUGAUCCUCACACAUGAGCACCGACCACACAGACACACACGCCCUGAAAUUUACAUCCAAGCUCAUCAGCUACUCGCAAGAGUGUCCUCUCUUUAGAUAUUUAUCUCUCUGUACAUCUGUUGUCUUAUACAAUCUCAGUUUUUCAUUGCAACACCCAUCUCGCACUCCAGAAAAACAGUGGACUAAGUAUUGCGUAAAGGCAUCCUCUGGUUUUGGCACUGAGCAUGCCAAGGUUACUGGCUGGCUGUGAGUUGAAAGGUGCGGCAUGGUUUUACCCAGCAGCCUGAUGCUCCAGUCACCACAUGCUGCCUCUCUGGUCACAGUCUGGAUCUGAGAAUGGCAUUUGACAUUUUCUGAAUUGAUGCAGUGGUAGCUGGGAAGGACAUUAAACAUUGCUGGUGAUUGGAAGAACCAUUGCCUUUUCUCUUCAUGGACGGCCUGUGUAAUAUUGUGCUCAUGUAUUAUCUCUGUAAUGCCAAGAUCCCGCCUCUGGAAUAACGUGCUUCUGAGGAUAGCUUGCUUUCAAACCUCUUAUCUUUUAAAGCUUGAAGCCCUGAGGUGGGGAGGAAGGUAAAAAGACUUCUGUGGCCUGGGGCGUGACAGCCCAUAAUUACGAACAGCAUCCUGCUGAGCUCCAGAGUUGGAGACAACUGUCGUCAUCACAACCAGCAACUGGACAACUCCCUGCAGGAGAGGUUUGGUGUGUGGCUUGGAUGGUAACACAGGAAACACGACCAGGCAAAGCGGGGGCGUUUGAAUAUGAUCACACUGUAAUGUAGUUGAUUUUAACUCCAUGUGUAAACAUGUAAAUUUGUAUUUCUGCAAAAAGAUUUAAUUGUUUAUAAUGUAACCUUGUCUGGGUCUUUGGCUGGGCAGAGACCGCAUUACCCCUGACCAUUAACAGCAGGGGCACUGCAAGACCUAUUUAGAAUAAGAAAAAGUUGCUUCAUGGAUACUCUUGCAGAAGGAAACAAAAGUACGCCAUGUUCUUAUGUAAGCUUAAUGACUACUGCGGUUUUGUUCUCUUUUUAUAUUGAUUUAUAAUCCUCAUGUUAUUGGCAACAUUGACAGUACCAUUCCCCUUAUUCGAUGGCACCUCUUAAUUACAAUGGCUGUAACAAUAAUGGCAGAGACACAGCUGUUUACUGGCAUUCCAGAGGUUUGGCUUUUCAUAUCGAAUCACUCAAACCGGACGAACCUCAGUAAGGCUAUGCAGUGAAGACACAGUCUCGUGGAAUUUUGUUGUACUGAAGAAAAUUAGUCUUAACAGCUUAACCGUGUAGUCACCUGCUUAGUUCUUGUCGCUGGUUCACAUCCUGAGCACUUUUCCAAUCCUGCAGUCGUAACCGUCUGGGGGUACAAAAAAAAAAAAAAGUGACCUUUACCUUCUGACUUUUCCUCGACCUCAUGGCUGGUUUUAAACUGCAGCCGGAGUUUCAAAUUCACAGCAAUAGUCUUGACCAUAUACCUUCUGGCUUCACACCUGGGAAGAUCGACUGGAGUCUGUUCCUUUACCAGAAUAUCCGUGUAGGUCUGAUGAAUAUUUGUUCAGAUUUGCCACAGGAAGGUCCCAGCUCUUCCCAUUACCACCUCUCUGGUUACUAUUCAUAACCACUCUUAGCACUGCUGUACCCCUCAGCGUGCUGGGUCUUUGAUGUAAUGUGAAUAAUAUGCAGAAAACUGUGCGAAGCAUUCCAAUUAAUGCAGUUACACGUUUGAUGUGGGUGUUCUAUUGUGUGGUUACUUGCAUUGUUUUAAGUAUAUUGUUCUGAAAAACCAGCAUAGAAAGCUUAGUUAUGCUAUUUCAUACGGUCAUUCCUCAUUUUCAAAUUGAUUUAGAGUUUUCUCAGUGAUGUUAACCUCAGUCACACCACCAAUAUCUUUAAGAAGAAUCUCAACAUGACUAUAAUCCUCGGCAUGGUUCUUAGCUGUUGUGAUGCCAUAGGUAACAUACUAAUCACUUCAUUCUGGUCACAUUGUCGAGUGCACCCCUGCGUUCUCUGGCGAAGCAAACUCAGGAAUACAUACUGCACACGACUUCGCAAACAAAUGCUUCAGAUUAUCGUCGUGAAAUGCAAGAUUGAAUGUGUCAGUCUUUUUAUUUCGGGCCAUUUUAAAAUAUCAUCCCAGUUUACCAGUAGGCAUCGCAGUGUGUUUUGCUUUUGACUUGCACACACUUAGAUAUUCUGAAUGCUAUUGUGGUUGAUAAAUAAUUACUGAGCAAGUUUUUGGAAUGAUCAGAUCCACGGAGCAGGGGAUAUGCUCCCACCCUCACGUGAUCCAGCGCUAGAAGAGGGAUACGGAACACAUCUACUCUGUGUCUUUGAUAUUGCUGUGUUUUGCAUGUCAGUAUAUCAAUGGGUGUUUUUCCCCCAAGCUACUGAAGGCGAAGGGUGGUUGGGUAGGAUGGUUAAGAAAAAUCAUUUGCUUUACUUCCUACUUAAGUGCACAGGAUAAUUAGUUCCUGUGUGCUGCUUGUUGAACCAGUUCAGAUACUACAUGAGACACAUGGACUCUACAAGACCUCCUACCUUCUUGGAUUACCUUUUACAGAUGCCAGGACUCCCCCAAAAAAGUAGCAGUACAGAUUUGUGUGCCAUCAGAACAAUUGUAAGCCCACAUCUUUAACCUGACCUUUGGAAUAAUAGCGUCCUCAAGUUCAUCUUGGACAGAUAAUACCUUCUCUUAGACCAGCUCAUGUUAUCUGACUAAUCUAACAAAACCUCUGCUUUGGUGAAUGACAUAUUGGGUCUGAGUUCUGAAUUAGCCUGAUUCUGGGUUCUUUACCUUGCUUCAUUAACUGCAGUGGCCGGGUUAUAAAGUUAUGCACUGUUAGCAUGCUUUGGUUUGGUUUCAUUUUUUUUUUUUCCAUUGCAAGGGUGAUUUUGACCAUGUAAGAUAAUUUGUAAACUUGCAUCAAGUUUAUGAAUAAAGAAUUUUAUGAAAUAUC